CUCACAUUUUCUCCAACACCAAACCAAGACACUUGAUCACCCAAGAGAAACAAAAUCAAGUACUAAAAUAUGAGGUUGAGAGCACAUAGAGGCAGCACCUUUUUGCUCCUUUUAGUAUUAACCUUUCUCUUUGUGGAUGUCUCUGAAUCCAUUUCUUUUGCACCCGCUAUUGGAUUACUAAUUAGAAGCAGACAAAUUCCGUCGUUACUUCGACGAGUAACUGCAACUAAAUGGUUUUCCAAGAUCUUGAACAAGCUCAAGUCACUCUUCAAUAGGCUGAUAAAAAUUGGAGACACCGUGGAUGGUUUGUCGCAGGUGAAAGACUUUUUAGACCUCUUCGGAUAUUUCAACUCCACUGUGCAUCAUUCAAACUUCACCGACGUGUUCACGGUUAAUCUCCAAUCCGCUAUAGAGAAGUUCCAGAAGAAUUUCAAUCUCAAAGUCACCGGAGAGCUUGACAAGGAAGUGCACGAGAUCAUAACACAGCCGCGGUGCAGCGUGGCCGACAUCAUAAACGGUACCACCACCAUGAACUCCGGUGAGGCGAACACCACGUCGUUUAAGCCGUGGUGGAAAACCGGGGAUAAAAACCUGACUUAUGCUUUUAACCCUCAGAACAACGUCACUGACGGAGUUAGGUCGUUGUUUAGAGAUGCCUUCGACAAGUGGUCGAAGGUGGUCACGACGUUGAACUUCACAGAGACGGCGUCGUUCAACGCCUCUGACAUCAAGAUAGCAUUUGUGAGGUUUGAUGGAAAAGGAGGAAUCGUAGGAGGUGCGUACACGAACUACAGUGUUCAUGCUGGGGGCAUAUAUCUGGAUGCUGAAGAGGAAUGGGUGCUUCCAAGUGACGAGCUAAGUGAAGAUGGUGAAGUGGACCUUGAAUCGGUGGUGAUGCACGAGAUUGGUCAUUUACUUGGGUUGGGGCAUUCCUCUGUGGAAGAAGCUAUCAUGUACCCUGUCGUGUUACACGAGAAGAAGAUAGACUUGGCCAACGAUGACCUGAAGAGGAUUCACCAAAUAAAUUAUGAGGUCAAAUGAAAGAUCGCUCCAAUCGUAUAAUAAUAGUUCAGGCUCUUCAUGUUGAACGUACAAAGUUUACACUGACAGUGUAUACCCAUUAAAUUCUUAACCUAUUCGGUUUUGAUUUUAUGAUCAUUAAUCUCGUAUUCAAAUUA